GAAUAGCGUUGUUUAAUAUGUUGGCAAAAUAUGAUUGAUCAUUAAAAGAGGAAUUUUGAUGUUUUUUGCUAGCAGAGAAAGGGUCUCCAAAUAAAGAUUUAGGAUUCGUUUCUGAUUGUUGUUGUUCUUGUUCACUUGUAAGAAUAUCCUUACAUAAUUCCAUUACUGAAUUACAAAUUUCUAACAUUGCUGCCGCCCAUGGUGGCAUAUCUUUUGAAAAUUGCUCAGAGAAAUUAGUCAAUUUUUUAGAUAAUUGAUGUAAUUUCAGUUUUUUGUUGUUAAUACCAUUAAUAGUUAGCGGUGUUGACAUGUUAGAUGAAUUAUCGAUUUCCAUAAGUUAUUAACUUUUAACUUAAGCUUAAACUUGGGUAAUUAAACUUAUAAAACUGGGUGGGGGUUCGCAAAUGUCGUUCUCUGGUAGGUGUUUGCAAAUGUCGUCCUUUGCUAGGUGUUCGCAAAUGUCGUUUUUUGGUGGGUGUUCGCAAAUGUCGUUCUUUGGUGGGUGAUCACAAUUGUCGUUUUUGAUGAGUGUUCGCAAGUGUCGUUCUCUGGUAGGUGUUCGCAACUGUCUUUUUUUUGAUGGGUGUUCGCAAAUGUCGUCCUUUAGCAGGUGUUCGCAAAUGUCGUGCUUUGGUGGGUGUUCGCAAGUGUCGUUCUUUGGUAGGUAUGCGCAAAUGUCGUUAUUUGGUCGCUGUUCGCAAAUGUCGUUUUUUGGUAUGUGCUCGCAAAUGUCGUUCUAGAUUCCUAUUGUUUUAUUUUCCCUUAAUAUUACUGUAUUAA